AUGGACAAUUCGACCAGCCGCCCAGCUUCGCACCGGCGGCCCCAGACGCCUGCGAUCACGGUCGACACCUCGGCCAUCAAUAAUGAACAAGAUUCUCUCGAUUCAGGCAUCAUCGCGAGACAUCUAACACCCGUCAAGAGCUUGCCAAGUCAAGCCCAAGUAUUGCACCCACUAACCGCCUGCUCAGAACCAUUCCCAGACGUAGAGGACCACUCUCCUACGUCACCGGCCUUCGAGGACACCAACACUCUAGCCGUUCCUACGAGGACAUCCCGCGCACAGUCAUGGGAUUCCAAUAAGUCCCAUCCUACACAAUCCCCUACGACUCCAGGAUCCGAUCCAGGGGACUCUCUACGAAAACCCUCGGCCGCUGGGGACAGCAACAUAACGGGGACCACUAAAGAUGGAAAAAUCGAUCCGUUGAGUCCGGAUCCAGGCGAGGAGCAGCUCUACAAUGUUGCCAAUAAUCCUUUCGCCUUCUCACCAGGCCAACUCACCAAGAUUAUCAACCCAAAGAGUCUUGAAGCAUUUGUGGCCCUCGGUGGUCUUCCUGGUCUUGAAAAGGGUCUCCGUACCGACAGAGCGGCUGGCCUCAGUCUCGAUGAGGCCACAAUCUCGGAUCCCAUUUCCUUCGAAGAUGCUGUAGCGGCAGGCACCGACACAGCGAACCCGAAGAAGGCCGCUCUGGAUGUUAAUGCUAUUGCAAAGGAAGCUGGAAGUCAGCCGGACGGCUUAGCUGGGAACGACUCUGAUGGAAACUUUGGCGACCGGAAGAGGGUGUUUGGCGAGAACCUUCUUCCCGAGAGGAAAUCAAAGUCCUUUUUGGAGCUCGCAUGGAUUGCUCUCCAGGACAAGGUCUUGAUCCUUCUGUCGGUUGCUGCUGUCAUUUCUCUCGCGCUCGGCCUCUACCAAACCUUCGGCAAUAAGCAUCACCAGGGCGCCAAAGUCGAGUGGGUCGAAGGCGUUGCCAUCGUUGUCGCCAUCCUGAUUGUCGUUAUCGUUGGUGCUGCCAACGAUUGGCAAAAGGAGCGCCAGUUCCGGAAACUGAACAAGAAGAAGGAAGACCGCAUCGUCAAGGUCAUUCGCUCCGGAAAGCCGACCAAUCUUUCUAUCCACCGUGUCCUCGUGGGUGACGUUAUGCUGCUCGAAGCGGGAGACGUCAUUCCGGUCGACGGUGUCUACAUCGAUGGUCAUAAUGUCAGUUGCGACGAGUCGUUCGCCACGGGCGAGUCGGACCUGAUCAAGAAGGUUCCCGCUGCUGCUGUGAUGCAGGGCAUUCGCGAAGGUAACACGAACAUCAAGAAACUCGACCCGUUCCUCAUUUCGGGUGCACGAAUCCUAGAUGGUGUUGGCACGUUUCUCGUCACUGCUGUCGGCCAGAACUCCAGUCACGGUAGGACCAUGAUGUCUCUGCGCGACGAUCCUGGACAGACUCCUCUGCAGCUGAAGCUGAACAUUCUUGCUGGGUACAUUGCCAAACUUGGUAGCGCUGCUGGUCUGAUUCUCCUCGGUGUCCUCACUAUCCAGUUCCUCGCACGUCUCCCUGGGAACGACGACAGUCCCGACGAGAAGGGCCAGACGUUCCUCCAGAUUCUCAUCACCUCGAUCACCAUUGUUGUCGUUGCAGUUCCCGAGGGCUUGCCUCUUGCCGUGACUCUCUCACUUGCGUACGCGACAAAGCGAAUGACAAAGGAGAACAACCUCGUCCGCCACUUGCAGUCUUGCGAGACUAUGGGUAAUGCGACGGUCAUCUGCUCCGACAAGACAGGCACCUUGACCGAGAACGUCAUGACGGUAGUGGCUGGGUCCCUGGGCUCUGGGAGCGUGCGCUUCAACGAUCGAGACGACCAAGACGCGGAGGCUACCACCGAACCGACGACGCCUGCAAAGGAGGUGGAGGACGACGCCCGCACAUCUAACGGAACCCCAUCGACUCUACGCCUUCCGCUUGCGAAGCUCUCUUCAAGCCUGUCAGACGAAUACCGCAAGCUGCUCAAGGAAUCUGUCGCUGUGAACACGACUGCGUUCGAGGCCGAGGAGAAGGGAAAGCAGGUAUUUGUCGGCACGAAGACGGAGACAGCUCUCCUCGACUGGGCACGUAAAUGCUUCGCUCUCGGCCCUAUUGCCGAGGAGCGCUCUAGCUUCCCUACGCAGCAACUACUGCCCUUCAAUUCGAAGCGGAAGUGCAUGGGUAUCGUCAUCCGUCUGCCCGAGAACAAGUAUCGCCUCUUUAUCAAGGGUGCGCCGGAAAUCGUAUUGGGACAAUCCAACAAGGUCAUCGCAGACCCUACUUCCUCGCUCGCCCGCGCCAACAUGGAGGACCAGCAACGCGAGGACAUCAAGCGCACCAUCUCCGACUAUGCUAAGCAGUCUCUUCGAACCCUGGCACUGGCGUACCGCGACUUUGAGUCGUGGCCUCCCCCAAACUCUCGCAAGGAGGAGGGUACCGACAACGUCGAGUUCAACGACCUGUUCAAGCAUCUCAACUGGAUCGGUGUUGUUGGUAUCCAGGAUCCUGUGCGAGGCAACGUCCCCAAGGCUGUGGCACACUGCCACAGUGCCUCCGUGUCCGUGAAGAUGGUGACGGGUGACAACAUCGAGACUGCCAAAGCUAUCGCCCGCGACUGUGGUAUUCUUACCGAGGGCGGUCGUGUCAUGGAGGGCCUGGAGUUCCGACGCCUCAGCGAUCAAGAUAGACGCGCCGUGGUUAGGGACCUGCAGGUUUUGGCGCGCUCCAGCCCCGAAGAUAAGAGGAUCUUGGUCAAGACACUCAAGUCUCUCGGAGACGUCGUCGCUGUCACUGGUGACGGUACCAACGACGCGCCCGCGCUCAAGGCUGCCGACGUUGGUUUCUCCAUGGGCAUCACGGGAACCGAAGUUGCCAAGGAGGCGUCUGACAUUAUUCUGAUGGACGACAACUUUUCUUCUAUUGUCGGUGCCCUCGCUUGGGGCCGAGCCAUCAACGACGCCGUCAAGAAGUUCCUCCAGUUCCAGAUCACGGUCAACAUCACUGCUGUCAUUCUCACCUUUGUCUCGGCCGUCGCCAGUGCCGAAGAGGAGGCUGUGCUCAAGGCCAUCCAGCUUCUUUGGGUCAACCUCAUCAUGGACAGCUUUGGCGCGCUGGCGCUCGCUACCGACCCGCCGACGGAAUCGCAAUUGCGUCGGAAGCCGGAACCCAAGACUGCGCCGCUCAUUACGUUGACCAUGUGGAAGAUGAUUAUCGGCCAGUCCAUUUACCAGUUGAUCGGUCUGUCGCGCAACCGCCUCUUCUUGGUCAUGUUUGCCAUCAUGGUGGGCGGCCAGGUUCUCAUCGUUUUCGUCGGCAGCGACGCCUUUGUCGUGGUACCCCUGACCGGACCCCAAUGGGGCAUCUCGCUUGUGCUCGGCUUCCUCUCGAUCCCGAUUGGUGUUCUGAUCCGUCUGUUCCCCGACUCGAUCGUCCGUACGUGCGCCCACUGGGUGGACAGGCACAUGCCCAGGAUCCCGAUGCCCAAGUUCCUCAAGCGCAAGAAGAACAAGUCGGACGAGGAGACACAAAACGGCGUCGGCACAGCGUUCCAGGGUAUCCGCGACGAUCUGCUCUUCCUCAAGCGAAUCCGCGGCGGCCGCAUCUACCUUGUUGGCGAUGCCAUCGUACACCCUGUGGAGGCGGUCCGACGCACGCGCAGCCGCAGCAGGACGGGUGGCUCCAAUUCAGAAGACGAACGGUCGUCCAUGUCGCCGAUGCGAUCCGCCAUGGGAUCGGCUGUCGGUAUGCCUGGCAUUAUCGCUGCCAGCAUUGGCGGCCUGUCCCCGAUUGAGCGCCAGCCGUCGACGUCCUCGGGCAUGAACGACUCGACGCCACUGCAGGAGGAAAAGGGUCGCCGGGACAGCGACGAGAAGUGGACCGGACCAGCGCAGCCGCAGCCAGUGGACAAGGCGUAA